GCCACUUUGAACAGUUACUGGCCAAUGUGUAAAAAAUAUCUUUCUGGACUUUGGAGCUAGGCCAAAGCAAUGCUGGGACAGUUGGAACAGGAUUAGCUUGGGAUCGAGGAACAUGAACAGGACUGAAGCCAAAAUGCAGGUUUUCUUUCUGCUUUCCCUUGAAAAUGCUACAUCUUUGAGAUGAAAGUGCCCUCUACUGCCUGAAGCUCCUUGUUCAGGAAGGCACAGUGAUGGUGACUCCAGCCCACAAUACGUCAGUUGACUUCUAUAUCACCACCUCGGAGCUGAAAAAUCUGAUGCAAUUUCGAAAGAAAGAAGCAGUGAACAAAAUAAGAGAAUUAUACGGCGACAUCUUUGAAAUCUGUAAUCGUCUGAAAACAUCUCCUACAAAUGGAAUAUCUUCAUCAGAAGUAGAGCUUAGGAAAUCUGUGUUUGGACAGAACUUUAUACCCCCGAAAAAGCCCCUAACAUUCCUUGAACUGAUAUGGGAAGCACUGCAGGAUAUGACAUUAUGUAUCUUGGAAGUUGCAGCCCUGAUAUCAUUAGGACUAUCGUUUUAUCAUCCUUCUGGGAUAAAUCUUGCAGUAUGUCGUUUGGAAGAAUUUGAAGGAGAAGAAGAAGAAGGCAACACCGAAUGGAUUGAAGGAGCUGCUAUUCUUCUAUCGGUUAUUUGUGUGGUGCUGGUAACGGCUUUCAAUGACUGGAGCAAGGAAAAACAGUUCAGGGGGCUGCAGCAUCGCAUUGAAAAGGAACAAAAAGUUACUGUUGUCAGGAAUGGGGAUGUAAUACAGAUCCCAGUAGUUGAAUUAGUGGUUGGGGAUGUCAUGCAGAUCAAAUACGGGGAUCUUCUACCAGCUGAUGGCCUGCUUCUCCAAGGCUAUGAUUUGAAACUAGAUGAAAGCUCCCUCACCGGGGAAUCUGAUCAAGUCAAGAAAACUUUAAGACAGGAUCCUAUGUUGCUGUCAGGUACCCACGUAAUGGAGGGCUCUGGAAAAAUGGUUGUUACAGCUGUUGGUAUUAACUCACAAACUGGCAUUAUCCUCACUUUACUUGGAGUUGGAGAGCAUGAGAAACCAAAUGAGGCCAACAAGAAUGGUUCCCCUAAGAAGAAAGAAGAGAAAAUAGUUGAAGACAAGGAAACACAGGCAUCUGAGGAAAGCCCAAAAGCUACUGGGCACAAAAAAGAAAAAUCUGUCCUCCAGGGGAAACUUACCAGAUUAGCCGUGCAAAUUGGCAAAGCUGGGCUGGCAAUGUCUAUAAUCACCGUCACUGUUCUUAUAGCCUCUUUUUUCAUUCGAACAUUUGUGAUAGAGAAGCGUGUUUGGGCUGUUGAGUGUACGCCUGUGUAUGUACAAUAUAUAGUGAAAUUCUUUAUCAUUGGCGUGACAAUUUUGGUUGUAGCCGUGCCUGAGGGCCUCCCACUUGCAGUAACCAUCUCCCUUGCCUAUUCUGUGAAGCAAAUGAUGAGAGAUAAUAAUUUGGUCCGGCAUCUGGAUGCCUGCGAAACUAUGGGCAACGCAACAGCCAUUUGCUCAGAUAAAACCGGGACCUUAACAAUGAAUAGAAUGACAGUGGUUCAGAUUUUUAUUGGGGGUAAACAUUAUAAAAUUGUUCCUGCCCCUGUUUUAAUUCAUCCAGCCUUGUUGGCUUAUCUGCUGAAGGGUGUUUCUGUUAACUGUGCCUAUACAUCCAAGAUCCUGGCUCCUGAAGUAGAAGGAGGCUUGCCCCGUCAUAUUGGCAAUAAAACUGAAUGUGCUUUACUGGGCUUGCUUAUAGAAUUAAGUCUGAAUUAUGAGGCCAUGAGGACUAAAAUCCCAGAAGAAACAUUGUAUAAAGUGUAUACCUUCAAUUCUGACAGGAAAUCUAUGAGCACAGUUUUGAAAAAUGCUGGUGGUGGUUAUCAGCUCUUCAGCAAAGGUGCUUCUGAAAUACUUCUUCAAAAAUGCACCAAAAUAUUGAACUCUGCUGCAGAGCGUGAACCUUUUUCCAGAAAGGAUAGGGAAAAUGUGAUUAAAAAUGUGAUUGCCCCGAUGGCUUCUGAAGGACUCCGAACCAUCUGUAUUGCUUUCAAAGAUUUUCCAGGUGGCCCUGAUUCAAGCGAACCAGUAUGGGACGACGAGGACACUAUUAUUAAGGAUUUAACCUGCAUUGCAAUUGUGGGCAUUGAAGAUCCAGUCAGACCCGAAGUUCCAGACGCAAUCAGGAAGUGUCAGAACGCUGGCAUCGUUGUCCGUAUGGUCACUGGGGACAAUAUUAACACAGCACGGGCAAUCGCAGCCAAAUGUGGGAUUCUGCGGCCCGGGGAGACCUUUCUGUGUUUAGAGGGGAAUGAGUUUAAUAGAUUAAUUCGUAAUCAGAAUGGGGAGAUCAAACAAGAAUUGAUAGACAGGAUCUGGCCUACCCUAGCCGUGCUUGCAAGAUCCUCCCCAGCCGAUAAGUAUAACUUGGUGGAAGGGAUCAUCAACAGCAACAUCACAGAGCAAAGACAAGUGGUAGCAGUCACUGGGGAUGGUACUAAUGACGGGCCGGCAUUAAAAAAGGCUGAUGUUGGCUUUGCCAUGGGAAUUGCUGGAACAGAUGUAGCUAAGGAAGCUUCUGAUAUUAUUCUUACCGAUGACAAUUUUUCGAGUAUUGUCAAAGCAGUGAUGUGGGGUAGAAACGUGUAUGAUAGCAUUUCCAAAUUUCUUCAGUUUCAACUUACAGUCAAUGUAGUAGCUGUGAUAGUUGCUUUUACGGGUGCUUGCAUCACCCAGAAUUCCCCUCUGAAGGCAGUUCAGAUGUUGUGGGUUAAUCUCAUUAUGGAUACCUUUGCUUCCCUUGCUUUAGCCACAGAAAAGCCAACCGAAGCAUUGCUGAAACGGAAGCCUUACGGUAGAAAUAAGCCACUCAUCUCCCGUAUAAUGAUGAAAAAUAUUUUCUUACAUGCCAUUUAUCAGCUUGUGGUGGUCUUUUCACUACUGUUUGUAGGAGAUCAAUUAUUUGAUAUUGAAAAUGGGCGAGCCUCAACACUGCAGUCCCCACCCACCCAACAUUACACUCUUAUAUUUAACAUAUUUGUAAUGAUGCAAAUUUUUAAUGAAAUCAAUGCCCGAAAGAUUCACGGAGAACGGAAUGUUUUUUCAGGAAUAUUCAAAAAUAGCAUUUUUUGCGGUGUCACUCUUGGAACCUUGAUUGUACAAGUUAUAAUCGUUCAGUUUGGAGGGAAGCCCUUUAGUUGCACAUCACUUACCGUAGAGCAAUGGAUGUGGUCCAUCUUUUUUGGCCUGGGGUCUUUGAUAUGGGGACAAUUCAUCAUUUGUAUCCCUACCAGAUAUAUGUGGUUCCUGAAAGAAGUUGGAGAGCAGCCCCUCAAAGAGGAGAUAACAGGACAAGAAGUAACUGAAGUGAUUGACUUUGGCGAACAGGAAUUGCGUCACAGCCAAAUUUUGUGGUGCAGGGGCUUAAGCAGAAUACAGGCUCAAUGCAGAGUAGUGAAUGCCUUUCGCUAUCCUGCAUAUAAAAAUCCACACUCGGCAAUGAGCAGUAAAACUAUCUGACCAGACACUAAAACAGAUUCUGAAAUGGUGGUUUUAUUCUUGGUGAAUGUUGAUAUUCAAAGAGAAUGUGCACAUUAGCUCCAUUAAGAAAUGGGUGGGGAAAUGGGGCUUCACAGCAGUCGGUGAAGGAGACACAUUUUUGAAGCUAUCUAGCAAAAUAGAAGUUUCUGGUCUGAACUUAAUUCCAAGUAAAUGGGAGAAAGCAUAAGAAAUCAGUACAGCAAUACAAUUAACACUUCCUUUAUGUAGGGGUCUAAUCAUUAUGUUAGCAGACUUGUCCUGGAUUUUGAGACAUUAAUUUCUUUUUGCAGAAAAGAUGCCUUCAGAGAAAAGAGGAGUGAUGAAGCCAAAAAUCCAUGUCUUUAAUUUUUUUAUAUUUAUAUAUUUAUUAAUUGAAAGAUGAUAUGCUUAUAAAUGAUAGAUGUUAAACAGUGCAUAUAACAGCAUUUAUCUUUGCUCCUGUUUAUGCCUAUAAUUUGUGUCAAUUGACUGAGUCGCCCGAGGCCCUUCAUCUGGGCCGCCCUCCCAAGCACUUUCCUUCUUUCCUAAGGCCGCAGGCUGUGAAUCUAAGGAAGCAGGAUAGAUGCGGCUACAAGCAGGCUGAAUGUACUUUUAUUUUGUUGUUGGCAGUUCCUUAUGAGCAAAAAGUAUAUGAACAAUAAUAAAAAAAAAAUGCUUCAAACUA